UGUGACUGCCAGAGGAUAUCCUGGCCAUUAUGUAACAGUGCAUUGCCCUCUGACUGCUAUGGAAGGUGACCGGCUGACACUAACUUCCUGAAGUCGGGUCUUACAGACAAGAAAAGCGUCUUUAAAGUGAAUAGAAGCCAAGCCCUUGUGAGCACUUGUAUUGAACAUGACUCAUGGAGAAGAGCUUGGCUCUGAUGUUCAUCAGGAUUCUAUUGUUUUAACUUACCUAGAAGGAUUACUAAUGCAUCAGGCGGCAGGGGGAUCAGGUGCUGCCGUUGACAAAAAGUCUGCUGGCCACAGCGAGGAAGACCAGAACUUUACCAUCUCUGGCAGUGCGUUUCCCACCUGUCAAGGCAAUGGUCCUGCUCUCAGUACACAUACGUACCAGGGAUCUGGCAUGCUGCAUCUCAAAAAAGCCAGACUGCUGCAGUCUUCUGAGGACUGGAAUGCGGCAAAGCGGAAGAGGCUGUCUGAUUCCAUCGUGAAUUUAAACGUAAAGAAGGAAGCGUUGCUAGCUGGCAUGGUUGACAGUGUGCCUAAAGGCAAACAGGAUAGCACGUUGCUGGCCUCUUUGCUUCAGUCAUUCAGCUCCCGGCUGCAGACUGUUGCUCUGUCACAGCAAAUUAGACAGAGCCUCAAGGAGCAAGGAUACACCCUCAGUCACGACUCUUUAAAAGGAGAGAAGGAUUUAAGGUGCUACGGCGUGGCCUCAAGUCACUUAAAAACUCUGCUGAAGAAAAGUAAGACCAAGGAUCAAAAGUCAGGUACCACCCUUCCUGAUGUGACGACAAACCUCAUCAGAGAUAGCUUUGUGGAGCCGCCUCAUCAUGCCAGCCAGAGUGGAGCGAAGGUCAUGAGUGAGCCCUUGUCAUGUGCCGCAAGACUCCAGGCUGUGGCCAGCAUGGUGGAGAAAAGGGCCAGUCCUGCCACCUCACCUAAGCCUAGUGUCGCCUGCAGCCAGCUAGCGCUGCUCCUGUCCAGUGAAGCCCACCUCCAGCAGUACUCUCGGGAGCACGCUCUGAAAACGCAGAAUGCACAUCAAGCAGCCAGCGAGAGACUUGCUGCCAUGGCCAGGCUGCAAGAGAAUGGGCAGAAGGACAUGAGCAGUUUCCAUCUCUCCAAAGGGGUGCCUGGCCAUGUCAACGGGCAGGCCAGAACAUCAUCGUCGUCGUCAUCAAGCAAACUGGUGGCUGGCAAGAAUAACGCCACCACAUUUCAGAAUCCAAUAGCUGUUGUUCCUUCUUCCCCAAAAAACACGGGCUAUAAGAACUCCCUGGAAAGAGCCAGCAUAAAGCAAACCUCUAACAACAGUUUGCUUUUACAUCUUCUCAAAAGCCAGACCGUACCCGCGCCAUUGAAUGGUCACAGCCAGAAUGAGAGAGGAAGUAGCUUUGAGGACAGCAGCACACCCACCACGAUCGAUGAGUACUCUGACAACAACCCUAGCUUUACCGAUGACAGCAGCGGAGACGAAAGCUCGUACUCCAAUUGCGUUCCCAUAGACCUGUCUUGCAAGCACCGAAUCGAGAAACCAGAAGCUGACCGACCGGUUUCUCUUGAGAACCUCACUCAGUCUUUGUUGAACACCUGGGAUCCAAAAGUCCCCGGUGUUGACAUCAAAGAAGAUCAAGAUACCUCAACAAAUUCCAAGCUGAAUUCACACCAGAAAGUCACCCUUCUUCAACUGCUCCUUGGCCAUAAAAGUGAGGAGACUGCUGAAAGGAAUGCCAGCCCUCUGGAAGUCCACGGUGACGGGACUAAGUUCAGUCCGCAGAACUACACUAGGACUUCUGUCAUUGAAAGCCCCAGUACAAACAGGACUACCCCAGUGAGCACUCCACCUCUGCAUACGUCCGCCAAGGGAGAGUCUCCCAUUAAUCUUUCUCAGCACUCGAUGGUCAUCAGGUGGAACUCCCCACCCUAUGCUUGCAGUACUCCCGCCUCCAAACUAACCAAUACCAUGCCGAGCCACUUGAUGGACCUAACAAAAAGCAAAGAGUCACAAGCCGAGAAACCAGCCCCAAGUGAAGGUGCACAAAAUUCGGCCACGUUCAGUGCCAGUAAACUAUUACAAAAUUUGGCACAGUGUGGGAUGCAGUCUUCCAUGCCCCUGGAAGAGCAAAGACCCAGCAAACAGCUGUUAAGUGGAAACACAGAGAAACCUCUCGGUAUGAUUGACAGAUUAAAUAGCCCUAUGCUCGCAAGUAAGACCAAUGCAAUUGAAGAAAGCAAAGCCUUCAGCAGUCAGCCAGCAGUACCUGAACCAGGGCUUCCUGGGUGUGAGAUAGAGAAUCUGCUAGAAAGACGCACUGUCCUUCAGUUGCUUCUGGGAAAUUCCAACAAAGGAAAGAGCGACAGGAAAGAGAAAACUUUGCGAGAGGAGGGCACUCAGGAACACUCAGACAGAGCUGGAAGUGAACAAAUACUGAUGGUGAAAAUCAAAUCUGAGCCAUGUGAUGACUUCCAGGUUCACAACCCAAACGUGCAUUUAAACCACGGUCCGAAGAGCACCCCGUUCUUCAGUGGGACUCCCGCCAUGCAGAGGAGCGUGGCAGCCUUACCAGUGUCUGAGGACUUUAAAUCCGAGCCCGCUUCACCUCAGGACUUUUCUUUCUCAAAGAACGGUCUGUUGAGUCGAUUGCUGAGACAGAAUCAAGAGAGCUACCCAGCAGAUGAUCAGGACAAGAGUCACAGAAAUAGUGAGUUGACACCCCUGGAAUCCAAGAACUUUUGCAUGGUCCCUAAGAAAAGGAAGCUUUACCCAGAACCACUAGAAAAUCCAUUUAAAAAGAUGAAAAGUAGCGCUGUAGAUACUACCAAUGAUCAUAGUGCUCCGGAAGUACUGUGUGGAUCACUGCUUAAUCAGGAAGAGCUGAAACUCAGCAGAAACGAUACUGAGCAUAAGUACCCUGCUGCUCAUGGCUCAGCCAGCGAUGGUGAGCACAGGCCUUGGGCUAGGGAGAGCAGAAGCUUCAACGUUCUCAAACAGCUGCUGCUCUCAGAGAACUGUGUGCGAGAUUUGUCCCCGCACAGAAGUAACUCUGUCAAUGACAACAAAAAGAAAGGACAGAGAAACAGUGUACCCAGUAGCAAACCCGAGUUCAGCAUUUCUUCUCUAAAUGGUUUGAUGUAUAGUUCCCCACAGACCAGCACUUGUGUGGAUAAUAGGACAUUUUCAUACCCUGGAGUGGUUAAAACUCCUCUGAGCCCUCCUUUCCCAGAGCACUUGGGCUGUGCGGGGUCCAGAGCAGAAGCGGGUCUUUUGAAUGGGUGUUCCGUGCCCAUGCCCAGCGAGAAGGGACCCAUUAAGUGGGUCAUCACAGAUAUGGACAAGAGUGAGUAUGAAAAAGACUCUCCGAGACUGACCAAAACUAACCCUAUCCUCUAUUACAUGCUCCAGAAAGGAGGCAAUUCUGUUACCACUCAAGAAACACACGACAAAGAAACCUGGAGGGAGCCGUCUCCUGCCGAGAGAGUCUCACAGGUUAUGGUCAAAGAAGAGUUACUUCCUGCCGCAGAAACGAAAGCGUCUCUCUUUAAUCUAAGAAGCCCUUACAAUAGCCAUAUGGGAAAGAAUGCUUCUCGCCCACACAGUACAAAUGGAGAAGUUUAUGGACUUCUGGGAAACGUCCUCACAAUAAAAAAGGAGUCGGAAUAACGUGUACCUGCCAUACCGUUUUGGAUGUUUUUAAAAUUAAUCAAUAUGAACUUGAGAUCUUUAUAAAUAAGAGCAUGAUUUGAGAAAGCAUGGUAUAAUUGAAACUUCUUCAUUUUGAAAGUAUUGGUUACUGCUGAUGUGUUUAAAUAUGCAUACUAAUUUUUGCUUAACAUUAGAUGUCACGAGGAAACUAUUGAACUAGACGUUGGUUGUUUAAUACUUCUGUAUGCAUCAGAGUAACAACUGUGAGUAGCCUACGAAUGAAACAAUUUUAUAAUCAUAAGUAAGAGGCAUACAUUAAAAUGCAAAACUCCAAUAGUAGAUUGAUGCAAUUUGCUGUCUUUAUUAGUGUACUUCAUUUCACACCUCAGAAGUCAGCCUACAUAACAUGUUUUUAAAGUCCCAAUUGUUAACUAUUUGGAAGGUAAUCAAAUGAAGACAAAUCCAGAAGCCUUGUGCUGAUUCACAAUCUCAGUUCAAAAAUAAGAAAAAAGUAAUGCUGACAUUUUUCACUUUUGCUAAACAAAAAUUCUUUUUAACUCUUGGUAGGGGGUUUUGCGGUUCCCAAUGUGUCUGCCCCACCCCAAACCUUUUCAAUACGUAUUUCUUUACACCUUGUACUAUUUAGUAUAAAUUGAUUACAACAGAGAGGAGUUUAACAGAUCCUUAAAAGGCAGAUUUCCAUUUUUUUAUAUUUUGACUACUUUACUAAAUUAAUACUCCUCCUUUUACAAAAUUAGGGAAGGAAAUGUUCAACUUCAGGCAGUUUCCUGAACAAUUGACUACUUAGAAAUAGUUUUUAACAAAAGCAAAUGUGGAUUUUUUCUUUGGAUGGUCUUCACCAUCUCUGGUUAAUCCUCACCAUUCCUGUGGUACCUGUAAGUCUUAUGACCAGGAUUUCUUAAUUCUGGACACAGAAACUGCAUUAGCACUAUCUAGAGCAGUUGUUUGUUUAAAAUGCAGAUUCAUAGGCAGCAUCUCAGGUCUACAGAACAGGUCUCUGAGUGGACCUAGGAGUCUUCUGCCUGUAUCCUGACAUGUUCUGUGUGUGUUUCUUCUGCAUCCUAAUGUUUGAAAACCAUGGCUUAUGGCUUUUCCAGAACAUGGGACUUUAAAGAAACUAUUUGAUGCCUAUAGGUCCCCCAAUACAGUCACAUGUCCACUCGAAAUUUACAAUACUGUAGUUCCUAUAUUGCUGUUUUAUCUUUGGAAAUCAGGUUCAGAAUACUUUUUAAUGACAAAAAAUAAAAUUGGGUAGAGGGGACAACUUUGCUAUCUGGGUCUACAUCUCAGGAAAAUCUGUGAUUAUUUAUUUGUUCUAAUUAGUAACAUUGACGUAAUUAGCCUUAGGGGUGGAAUAACAGGGCCACUUAGCAAACUCAGGUGAUCCCAGGAAGGUUGGGAAACUUCUCCUGAAUGCAUCCUUACCUUCUACUCAAACCGUCCUCCAUGCAGCAGUGCAUAUGAAGCUAACAACUCAACCCAAGAAAGGCAUCAAACUCAGAGUACCUGACACCAAAUCCAAGGGCACUUACUCUCCAUAGCAGGACCUAGAUGGCACUUCACGGUCUCCAUUCAUCUUAAACGGGCAUAAAAGUAAACACUGAUAUGGACUUGGAAGAAUUUAAUAUAUAACUGAGCCAUGUGGAAUUUCGAUCUUGAA